GCCUCCACGUCCCCCGCAGCCUCGAGCCCACCGGCUCCCGCAUGGCCCCGGCGUCGCUCGUCAUGAACCCCUCUGGGCUCAGGACCUGUGGCGGGGACCGCGCGGGGCCCGGCGCGUUGCCUUUCAGUGUCGAUUCCCUCCUGGAGGCGCAGCGACGGCUGGGUCCGGAGCGCGCGGAGCCCGGGGAGGAGAGGCCACGGGGCGCCGCGGAGCCCCAGGCCUGGUUCCCGCCGGCCGCCCGCUCGUCCUCCCCACGCGCCCCCAGCCCGCUGCCCUGCACCCUCCGGAAACACAAGAAGAACCGCAAGCCGCGGACGCCCUUCACCACCGCGCAGCUGCUCGCGCUGGAGCGCAAGUUCCGCCAGAAGCAGUACCUGUCCAUCGCGGAGCGCGCCGAGUUCUCCAACAGCCUGAGCCUCACCGAGACGCAGGUGAAGAUCUGGUUCCAGAAUCGCCGGGCCAAGGCCAAGCGGCUGCAGGAGGCCGAGCUGGAGAAGCUGAAGCUGGCGGCCAAGCCGCUGCUGCCCGCGUUCGCCCUGCCCUUCCCCCUGGGCGUCCACUUGCAAGGUUCCCCGAGCGCUCACGGCGGUGCCGCAGGGAACCUGCCGCACGCGCAGGGACUCCUCGCCGCGCCAGUCGCCGCCUACGGCGUGUAUUACCUCUCCUAGGGGGCUGGACAGCGGCUUUGCCUCGCGGUAGCCUGCGGGUCCGCCGCCGAGGGCACGCGCAGGGCGCGGAGACGGACCCUGCGGGGGAGCUGCGCCCCUGAUGCCCAGGUGGGUCGUCGCGCUGAAACUGAUGCGGCGGUAAACAUCCGGCGUUCCGUGCGGCGUUUUUUUUUUUUUUUUUUUGUC